AUGCCGAGGAAGAAAGAGAAACCACAGAUUGAUCAGUCCAUCAGGUUCAUCCAGGAACACCACUUCAAGGAUACCCUAGCAUUACUUGUGGUGUUCUUAAGUUUUAACCAUUUUGCAUCGCUAUGCCUCCUCUCUAUUUUCAUCGUCACAACUAGGUCCAGGUUCUUUCUGGCAACGUGUUUCAUCAAGAUCUUUUUGUCUAAAGACUGCUCGCCAGAGCUGCUUGAUAGCGCACAGAAGCGCACAGACUGCAGGACAGGAUCUACAGCUAAGUCACAGCAACAACUGGCUGACCAGGAUCAAAGCACUGACCGCCAACAGCUUCAGCAGCAACAGGAUGAGAAAUCGACGGGUGGACAAAACACAAGUACUAGGCUUUCAACAAUUUCACCACUUUUUGUUUUAGAAAUUGUGGUAGCCAGCAUACUUAAAAUCUACGCGGGUCAGUAUUUUGCAAGGCCCAUUGAAAAUUUGGCUAUGUCAAUCAUAGCAUCAUCGUUGAUUAAUGAUCCAAGAGAUUGUCUGAGCUAUGCUACAUCUUGCUCUAUCCUCUAUGGCUUGUCAUUGAACUUCUAUCAUAGAGUUUCUUCGCUUUUGAAUCUUCAAUUUCUGCCCAUGCAGACCCUACCGAGCUCACCUCUCCAGGGAUGGCCUGUCUUUACAAGUGGUUAUGCCAUCAUUGACUGCAUGUUUUCAAAUGCAUCGCGGAUAGUGAAGUGGUCUAGGAGAUACGUAAGGAUUUGCUGCUACUUCGCGUCUGUUCACAUUGUCUUCUCGCAGUUUUUCAAAAGCAUGACAAACCCAUAUUAUUUCCGAGCUGCAUCCAAGGCACAGACUUCGUCAGGUCCUCCCAAAUCUACGUCAAUGAGCCCAAAUAAUUCCCAAAGUACUGCACUCUAUGGGUCUUCGCCGUUGCCAAGUGCCUCGGGAUCAAGUUCUUGUCUACAUCCAGGAAAUUCCAGCGGGCCACCACUUUUAUCCAAUCCCAACACAAAUGGCCACAAGGCUAAAUUUUCCAGUUUUGUCAAAGAGUUCACAAUUUCAGAGCUUUCCAUAAACUCGCCCUCUGAAAGUAAUCAACAAACUGUGACCACGAAUGUCACAAGUCAAUCCAAUUCAGAACCUGGCGAAAUACCAUACACAAAUCACUUUUUCGAAGUGCAUUUGGACUCCGAAUCAAAGGCGCCCAGCGGCAGGAACCUAGAUGCUUACUUUAUUUCAACAGCGAACCUGGAAAAUUUCAUAAUGCAGCUUUUUAAAUGGAAAAAUCGGCACCUGAUUCCUCCGUUGUGGUCAAUAUUCACUACCAUCAAGACGAUGACUCUAGAAAGAAAGCAAGUACGUGGCGAAACUGAUGCCGCUUCGACGUCGGCGCCAGUUGCUACCGAAGCCCAAACUAUUACCCCAACUUCUUCGAACACUGUACUCAAUAGCAGUGUUUUUACUGGUCCAGAUUCUACUGAUUGCAUGAUGUUGAUAGCGCCUGCUGCAGACGAUUAUAACCAACUGCAUCUCGUACCUCAUAAGCAGGCUCCUGAGUACAGAGUUUGCAUCUAUAAUACAGGACCCACCCAAAUCACUUUCCAUAUUACGAACUUGUUCGAAGGAGAACUUAUUGUUUUGGUUAACGGUGUCAUAUGGUCACAAGUUCUUUCUGCUAUAACUUCAGAGAAGCUUGGCGAGGAAUACACAGUCGUUAGCGGGCUUGUGCCUUCGUGCUCUUAUGACAUACAGUUCGUCAAUCGCUUCAACGAAGAAGACUAUCUGAUCGCAGAUUUAAUGGUCCGGACUUGCAAUAAGAAUGGUGAGAGCAAGGAUCCGUUGGAUUUCAGUUUUCCAUCGUAUUACCAUCGGAAGUUUCUAUCUCCCCUUUUGACACUCAAGCACUCCGUGCUGACAACAAAUACCAACUUGGCUGAAGAGCGCGCGAAACUGAAGAAAACCAAGAAGGAAGCUUCCAAAAAGCUGGCUUCUUUAAGGCAGCAAAUCGACCAUCUUAAAUCUAAGAUAUCUCAAAACGCUAGUCAAGACGGAAAAAGUGCUUUUAAAAUGGACAACUUGAAAACUGUACUACAACAAAGUGAAACACAACUUACAAAACUUGAAGACGAGCUCAAAGACCUGCUUGAACAAGAACAGCAGGUUGAAAGAGAACACCUCCAACAGAAGGAUAGACACUUGCGUAAUCAAAUGGAGUAUGGGAAGCUGCAAACUACGCUCGAAAUAGAAUUAGAGGAGUAUUCGACUAAGCUGUCAAAGCUUGAGCAAGAGCUCACGCAGCUCAAGUCCAAACGUGAUAAGGUUAGCAUGAAGCAAGAAAAGUUGAAGAAGGAGGUUACUCAAUGUACAGAAGACAUGGAGAAUUUGAAGGCGCAAUUCUUGCAACAGAGAAAACAGGAUCGAGAGCGCCGGGAAGAACUGCGUGUUGUGGAAGCCAAUGAAAUUGAGCUGAAAAACAAAGGGUUAGAGCAAGACAUCAGUAGGCUUGAAGGGGAGAAUGAGGCUAUGCACAACUUGGUGCGAAACUUCUAG